AUGAAUCAACGCCAACAAUCAACUCAAAUUUCUUCACCUUCCAUGUCUGUGAAAUGUACAUCCCGUACAUCCAAUAAUUUUAUGCAACAAUACAAACUUGGAUUCAAAGAGAGAAUAUGGUACAGAAUGAAUGAUUUACUUUCACGACACACCUAUAUUAUGAUGUUUCUCAUUGCCAUACUAGGCGUUCAUGUUGUUUUGUGGUUUUGUAUUACAGUGAUUGAGAAUUCAUUCUUUGCAGAAGAUAGAUUUUUCAUGACAAACGAUUCUAUGAGCUUAUUCGGUUGUGGAGCUCAAUAUUUUCCGUCCGUUCUUGCCUUGUUUAUAUAUUGUGGAUUUUUUUGUAUAGAAUGCCUCUGUGCCUUAUUAUUGCUUGUUAGAACAGAUAGUGACACAUGGUACAUCAAAAAGGAAGCUCUCUGCCUCAUACCAAUUCAAGUGUUGCUUGGGAGUUUGUUUUUGGUCACAGAGUUUGUUGAAAUUUUCCGAAUAUUGGACCACAUUGUUCCAUCUGGAACUAUCAUGACAACCUAUACGGGUAUUGAAAUAUUUGUGACAAUAUUUCUUCCAAUUUGUUACGCCAUUUAUCAAGACGAAAAACCAAAAUCCGAAGUUUACGACACAGAGAUGGAAAUGAUUUUAAACAAUAAGCAAGCAUUUGAAAGCUUUUUGGAUCAUUGCCGUAGAAGCUUUUGUGCUGAAGGUUUGCUAUUCUACAAGGACCUCGAAAAGUAUAAGCAAUGUUCGAGUAGUACACAAAGAAGAGACAUGGCUCUUCAUAUUGUACAGUGUUAUCUUGUUCAAGGAGCUCCUCAAGAAUUGAAUAUUGGAAAUAUAGAGACACUCCGGGAAGAAAUAUUAUUCGUGAUUCAUACCAACAACCACACAGUGAACAAAUUACCCGAUCAUUUAUUUGAUCGAGUCAAAAGUGUGGCAUUGACCUUGAAAAGUAAACCGCAACUGAUUUUAGAGGCCAUUCAACACAAUGAUCUUUCUUCAAUUGAUAAUCCCAACUUGUUGAAGGAUCGAGAAUUUAUUCAAAAAUGUGUUCAGCUCAGUGGUCCAAGUAUUCGUCAUUUCAUCAAUCAAGCAUUGGAUAGGGAAACUGUUUUGGCGGCUGUGAAACAAGAUGGUCAUGCAUUAGCAUAUUUUCGACAAACAGAUUUUCAUAAUGAUCGAGAGGUGGUGAGCCAAGCCGUUCAACAAAAUGGUCGUGCUCUUGAAUAUGCUUCUGUCAAGUUGAGAGCAGAUAAGGAAAUUGUAUUACAGGCAGUAAGGCAAGAUCCUUCUGCAAUACAAUAUGCUUGUCAUGAAUUACAAUUGGAUAGUGAUGUGUUUUUGGCAUCGAUUUGUCCCAAUGUUGCACAUAAAUAUUCCAACACAAAUUGGAACAAUAAUGCAACUUGGUUGUUUGAAACACUAAAGCAUGAUCGAGAAUUUAGUAUGGACGCCGUAUCUCGUAAUGGUUUUUCACUUGAGCAUGCAUCCAUAGACCUUAAACGUAAGAAGGAAAUUGUAUUGGCGGCUGUUCGAAAUCAGCCACAUGCAUUGAAAUAUGCUGUCGAUGAUUUAAAAAACGAUCGAGAGGUCGUUUUAGAAGCUGCUCAACGAGAUGGUACCUCACUGCAAUAUGCUUCAACGCGAUUACGAUCCGACAAGGAAUUGAUUUUACUCACAAAUAUUCUAGCAUUUGAAUAUGCGUCCAAUACAUUGAAAAACGAUAAGGAUUUUGUGUUGAAAAUAUUAAGAAAAUUCGGAGGAGCUGCUCUACAAUACGUGGGUUAUAGUUUGAGAAGUGACAAGGACGUGGUGCUACAGGCAGUUUCAAUGGCUGAUCGACACUAUAGAACACUUGAACAUGCAUCGAAAUCUCUCCUAAAAGAUAGGGAUGUGGUGUUGGCAGCAGUGAAAGCGUGUGGACUUGCACUUUUGUGUGUAUCAGAAUUGUGGGGUCAUGACAAAGAGAUUGUAUUGGAAGCAGUCAAACAUGACAAACUUGCCUUUAAUUAUGCAACAAAAGAACUGAAAGCCGAGAAGGAUGUUGUUUGGGCUGCUAUGGGUAGUGGGUUGAAGGGAGUGCAGGUUCUGGACAAGCAAGAAGCUGUUGAGAUUGUGAGACGUUAUGGAAGGGCCUUGGAUUACCUUCCAGAUGUUUAUCAGAACGACCAUGAUGUUAGAAGCGGCCAUUCAUGGAGGAUAUGUUAUGGAUGA